AUGAUCAUUAUAGACAAUGCUGCUAAUCUCAAUAGUCAUUUGAUGCAAGAAGUGUGCCAACAGCUUAAGAUUGCACACCGAAAUUUCACUCCAUAUCGUCCAAAGGCAAAUGGCAUUGUGGAAGCCUCCAAUAAGAAUAUCAAGAAGAUACUGCGGAAAAUGAUACAAGGGUCUAGGCAAUGGAACAAGAAGUUAUCAUUUGCACUGUUAGGUUAUCGCACGACUGUUCGCACUUCAACAGGUUUUGGAAGUGAGUAUCUUAAUGAUUCUGAGAUUAAGAGUGUUCGAGGCAACAAGAACAAUGUAGUAGAAUUUCUUGAAUCUCUGGCAAACUUUGCAGGGUGGGAGCCUCCACAUGGACCUUUCAAGCUUGAACACCCAUGGAAAGAAUACUUGAAGAUUGGUGACCUAGUUAGAAAAUGUGCUUGCCAUCUUCAAGUUCUUAAUGGCAACUUAAACUCUAAAUCUGAGGAACCAACUGAAUUUGAGAGAAGAACAGAAGAAGCAUGCAAAAGAAUGAUCAUGAAAGCUAGCAAACCCUUAAAGGAACUUGCCUUGUCCAUUAAAACCAUGACACAACCUUUUUCUUCAAUAAGCCAUAUAUCUAAUGCAAAGAAUGUCAUUGAUGACCUUAAACACACACUAGGAACCUCAGAAACCUUCUUUCAACACAACGAAUCAUGCGUCAUGGAUUUCAUCCCUAUCACAUCUGUCAUGUCCUUACUUAUCGCCAUCAAUGAAUGCGUUAACGAAAUUUCUAAAGCCAUCAAGGAGCUUUCGAGAAGAGCAUAUUUCAAGAAAAAAGACGGGAGGAGGAGAGAUUCUAGUUCGACCGAAGCGGCUACAGGGGAGAACCGACCGCAAAUAAUGCACUAUAGGACUGUGAAUCCUGUUGUUGAUGAUAAUGUAGAGGAAGGUGAUUUUAUUACAAUAGAGAUAGAUGGCAAUGUAGAAUCAACAGAAGUGGUAGUAGAAGAGUCUAAUCGAGUGAGUAAUAAUCCAAUAAAUGCAAGAAAAGAGGAACCUUUUGUUAUUUGGACACGAGGAGACGCCACAACAGAAAUAAUGGAAGAGCCAGAAACGUCAAAAACUAAAGUUGAAUUAGCACAUUCAAUAGAUGAAAAGUUUUAUGAUAGCAUCCAAUUUCUCAAAUCCACAAGACAAUGGAGAAAAAAAAAGACAAUUUAUGAACUUAGUUGA